AUGCGUUAUACCACGGACUUUAGCAUCGAGGAGAAGUACACCUAUCUCGAUGGCUUAGGAAAUCAUCAUCAAUCUGAAGCAUUUCCCGGGGCAGUUGCAUUUGUCAAUCCUUAUCCUAAACAAGCCCCUUAUGGCUGUCGAACGGAGAAGAUCUCUGGAACAGCGUUUGUAGCUCCACGGGCAGAGAACUUGCAAACCUACACAUAUCGUUCCCAAUCUUCCUACGAUCACUCCGAAUUCAAGCCUUGGCAUCAUGAAUUGGAGACUGCUAAUCCAGCAGAACCGACCAAGUUCACGCCGAAUGGUUACUGGUCGUCCGACUUCCCCUCGGUCAGCGAAGGCGACUGGACGGAGCAGCAUCUGCUGGGAAGCAACGGAAACGCACGGCAGAAAAAUGGCGUUGCUCUCUGGGAUGGUGAGGCUUUGAUAGUCCCCCAGUCGGGCGCGCUGGAUAUCACCACGGAACUGGGCAGGCUGAUCAUCACGCGUCUUGAUACUACGCUAUGCAAUGCUGCAUUUGAUCACCACGACCCUUCGUUAUACUGCGUCCUGCAAGCCCGGGCCUAUGGAAAAGAGCCGUUCACCUCUGUCUUGGAAUUUGUCCUUGCCGGGUCUCGCUGGGAGGCAACUGAAGACACACUCCGGGUCCCGUGGUACCACCGCAAUACUAUGUCGGAGAUCAUUUUCCCGGUUAUUGACGACCCGGCACUCCCUUCCAAUGGUGGUACGAAUUUCGGUCCCUUUGCGGGUUGGAUGAACGCGGCCAUGGUGCCGCAUAGGCAGACGGAAGAGGAGUAUCAGCUGUACUUGAAUCAGGACACGAGCAAGCCCUAA